AUGAAGUACGCUAUCCUCUUGGCUUUAGUGGGCCUCGCAGCGGCCGGUGUUCACCAACAGUCACUCACAUGGCAUCCAUCCAGACGCAUGCGUCUGAAGGCUGCCGGAGAACUCGAAGCCUACAUUGAGCACCAACAGAUGCUCCGUGUUAGCAACUUGGACAGUACAUCUGAGACUGUUCUCGACUAUGGAGAUUACGAGUACGUAGGAAACAUUACCAUCGGUACCCCACCACAAAACUUCGUCGUAGUUCUCGACACUGGAUCAGCCAAUCUCUGGGUUCCAGCCACUAACUGCGAUACCUCAUGCAAAGGAAAGAGUAAGUUCGAUACCACCAAGUCUUCCACCUUCAAGAGCAACGGAAGAGCCUGGAGCAUCAGAUACGGAUCCGGAAACGCUAAGGGAGUUUUGGAACAAGAUACCGUUAGAUUCGGAGCUUCCAACACAAAACAACUUGCUGUCCCAACCACCGUCUUCGGAGUUGCCAGCCACAUCUCUUCUGACUUCUACUCUGACCCCGCUGAUGGUAUCCUUGGACUUGCCUUCCAAUCUUUAGCUGUUGACGACGUUACCCCACCACUUGUCAAUGCUAUCAACCAAAACCUUUUGAACAAGCCAGUCUUCACCGUUUGGCUCGAGCACAGAGGUAGCUUGAACGCAGUCGGAGGUGGAGUCUUCACCUAUGGAGAUAUCGACACUACCAACUGUGGCCCUAUCGUCGCAUAUCAACCACUUUCUUCUGCUACUUACUUCGAAUUCAAGGUUGAUGGAUUCAGCUAUGGAAGCUACAACAGCGCUAAGACCGCUAGCGUUAUCUCUGACACUGGUACUUCCCUCAUCGGAGGAACCAAGGCUAUUGUUGACGGACUCGCUCAAGCUGUUGGAGCCAAGUGGAAUGCCAGAGAAGAAGUUUACACCAUUGACUGCAAAGCCAACCCCGGCAAAUUCAACAUUGUUAUCGGAGGAAUUACUUAUGGACUCGACCCCAUCAACAUGAUUCUCGCUGAUGGAAACCACUGCAUCCUCGCUCUCUUCCCCUUCAACAGUGGAGGUUUCGGACCUGGCUGGAUUCUUGGAGAUCCAUUCAUCCGUCAAUACUGUAACAUCUACGAUAUUGGAAACAAGAGAAUGGGAUUCGCCCCAUCCUUGCAAAAAUAG